CACCUGGUAGUAAGCAUAAUGAUAUUCUCAUUAUGGGCUGCACUAAGCUUCUUGAUGAUUUCAAGGUUGAUGACCAUAGAUGUGAUUUCCACAGAAUUUUCAUUCAACCACUGAUUGCUUUCUACUUGAGAUACAUAGUUGAGGUGCCAGAGAAGUGGUUUUUGGAUGCCAUAAAUAUGAAUUUGGAGACCAUGAUUGGAAAAUGUAGUAGUGUGGAGAAAGAGCUACAUGUGGUUUUUCUUGAAAACAGUAUGAAGCUAGAUCAGAAGUGCUUGGGAUAUGUUUUGUCUAACUUGGAUGCACCUUACAAAUCUAACUUGGAUGCAUCUUACAAAUUCAUUGAAAGAGGAUCUUCACUGGUUCAGUACAUCUCAGACCCUGGUUUUCUCGAAAAUAAUACUGAGCGGUCUCCUUGUAGAGCAAGCAGAUGUCUAUCCAAAGAGUCCGUGUGAAUUGGAAGGGGCAAUUAAUUGGAAAAAGGUUCAAGGAUAUCAGGUUGUUCUUGGUAUAGCAGCAUUGAAGUUAUACCUCUUUUAUGUUUUUACUGUUUGGUCUAGAAUUAUCGUGGAUGUGGUCGUUGCCAUUUUAUUGUCCAGAAUAUCAUUGAUAAAACAACAAUAUGCAUGGCUACAAUUUUUGUUAGGUGGAUCAGUUGCACCGAUGUCAACCGAUGAUAUAGACAUUAGUAAUAUUCGGGAGUUUCUUGCUUCUACCGUGCUUCUAAAUAAUGUGGAAAGAGAUGAGAAUUUAAUUGCAGCUCUUGCAUCGUCUCUUGGGAAAGAUUGUAGUGGCUGCAUUAAAAAUGGUGAGCUUGAUCAGUCUUGCAAGAAGAUUUAUCUAUGUCAUGAUCAAUUCAAAGCAUUUGUAAGGUCAAACUUGUACAUCUGCAAAUGGUUUGGGUUGUCAGUGAUAUGCGUACAGGGGCUUACUUUGUUAUUGGCCAUAAUACUCAAAGCUCUUGGGCUAUAUCAUUAUUAUGAUAGUGAUGAUGAUUAUACUCUUGAGAGGGUUUCACUUCUGAAUUGCUUGCCUCCUUGUGUCUUUGGCAACACUACUUAUGGGUCCAAAUAUGAUAUUUGGCAUGUACUGAUGAUCAUUUUUGGUGAUUAUUUGUGGACUAUGUAUGAUCAACCUAAAGACAAUAUUCUUAUUGGAGAUAUUGAACUACUUGGAGUGCUUGCAAUUUUUAUCAGUGCAUUGGUCCUAGGUGGAGCUCAUGAUCAAUUAUUCUGGUAUUACAAGUCAAGGAUCAUGAAGUACCUCAAGGAAUUGGCUCAAGUCUUUGACAUUAAGAGUCAAAUGGAGACUCUGGUGGAUUAUCAAUUGGAUACUAAACAGAUUUAUGAAGAAAGCUGCAUUAAUGGAUCUGUAACAAAAACAAAAGAGAUGCAACUCAAAGCUAUGGUAAUUGACACUAGCUUGGGUAGUGACUUGGAUGAUGAAGCAGGGAGACCAGUUAAGGUACUAACUGACAUAGAUCAAGCCUCUCAUGCUUGUCUAUUUGCAUGGAGGACCUUUUCAAUUGUCGCCUUUCUGAUUCUGGGUGCACUGCUGAUAUCAGUCACACAUGCAAUGAGUAUCAUUGCUGCAUCAUUUGUUCAGCUCAGUAUUGAGGUUGACGGGUACAACAAUGAUCAGCCUUUAACAUGUAUUGCUAAGAUCACUGGUAUGAGCCAUCGAAUUCCACAAGUACAAUGUCACUUGUUGGAAGUUGGAAGACAUUUCAGGCUUGAGGUCAAGCUUGUUCUUUGAGCAAGUGGAAAUGUUAUGAUUCUAUAUUCUUACAUGGGCUAUCGUUGUUGUAUGGGCUUAUUUGGGCCUUUUGUUACAUGAGUCCAAUACUUCUAGAUGCUUUGUUUCAGCUUAAAUAGUCAUUAGAACUUGUAAUGGAUCAUCGAAGAAUUAUUGAAUCAGUUCAUUUCAUUUGUU